AUGGCUGAGCAAGCUGUUCAGCAGAACGAGCUCUUCUUGGGAGCCUUUCUGGGCAGCUGUCGGCCUGUUUGGCCUUCAGCCAUUCAGAUGCUGGCGGGAUCCAGCUCCUCCUCUUUGGUGGCGCUCGUGCAGGUCGGGCUAGGGCAAGGUCCAUUGUUAAUUUCAGCACAUUCUAGGCCUUGUGUCAAGACUGAGGGCAGCCCAGAGGUACUCAGUGCUGCAGAUCAAACCAAUGUGGCCUUCCGAGACCGGGCUUCGCAGCUUCUUCGAGAAGUGCUUGGGCCCGGCGCUUUCAGGGGCCACGACUUCAGUCAGCCACUGGCUGCUGUCGAGGCGCUGACGUGCUAUGGGGCCCUUCAGCCGGAGGUUUGGGGGUCCUUCCGUUCGCAGAUCUAUGCGCCGGCCCUGCCGCGCCUGCUGCGCCUCAAGCAGGUGGGAGGCGAGGGAGGUGGGGGAGGUGAUGGCGUGUGCAUUUCUGACCGGGACCUCGAGCGCCGCUUCGGCCUUGGGCCUUUCACGUCUGCUGCGAUGUUCCGGCUCGGUCUUUCGUGUUCUGGUGAGUCUACUGCCAGCUGGCCUGCUGCAGCGCGACGCUUCUGCCGGUCGCAUUGUCAGGAGGACUGGCACGUUUUUGAAGAUGCGGAACCGUCGGCACAGGCUGUGUUGGCAUGGAACUCUGUAGCGGCAUCGGAGGACGCUGCUUGCAGCCGGGGGGUUGUAAGCAAAUCGGGGGCUGGACUUGAUGUCGCCGAUGCUAUCAAGCUGAUGUUGAAACCCGUUUUUGCUGAUCAUGACCGCUCUGGUCAUGCUGAGCGGGCAGCCUUGCUCAAUGUUUUGUCUUCUUUGAUGCUUCGUGUCCGCAGUGCUUGCCUCAAUGGAAGGGCUGCGCCACAAAUGCAUGCGAAUGAAACAGCAGCGCGAGUUGCCUCAUGGUGA